AUGGACGGGAAGGAGACGGAGUACUUUGUGCGCAGAGAUGUUCUGGAUGAGCUGCGUCUGGACGAAGUGGCACAGAAAGGCUCCUGGUCCUCCAAGCCAUCCCUGAGCGAACAGGUCAAAGAUUCCCUCAGGUGUUCUUUGCCCAAGGUGAAGCGUAUUAUCCUGACCUGGAUUCCUGUUCUGGGCUGGUUGCCUCGCUACUCCAUCCGGGAAAAUGCCUUGGGAGACCUGAUAUCCGGCUGCAGCGUGGGGAUCAUGCAUCUGCCGCAAGGCAUGGCGUAUGCUCUUCUGGCCUCCUUACGCCCGGUGUAUGGCCUUUACACCUCCCUCUUCCCGGUCCUGGUUUACUUCAUCUUCGGUACAUCUCGACACAUCUCUGUCGGUACGUUUGCUGUGCUCAGCAUCAUGGUUGGCAGCGUGACUGAAAGGCUGGCUCCGGACAGUGAGUUCAUGGUGAAUGGGACUAAUGGGACGGCCGGUUUGGACAUCGAUGCUCGGGACGCAGAGAGGGUGAAGGUGGCGUGCGCCCUCACCCUCCUGUCAGGAAUCUUUCAGAUUCUGCUGGGUGUGGUGAGGUUUGGUUUUGUGGUCACCUACCUGUCCGAGCCCCUCGUUCGAGGCUACACAACAGGAUCAGCAUGUCAUGUGUGCGUCUCCCAGCUGAAGUACUUAUUUGGAGUCAAACCAUCGCGCUUCAGCGGCCCUUUUUCCCUCAUUUAUACCCUGGUGGACCUCUGCAGCCUGCUGCCUCAGACCAGGGUUCCAGAGCUGGUGGUCAGCCUUGUGGCUCUCGCUGUUCUCAUUGUGGUGAAAGAAAUCAACGCCUGCUACAGACACAAGCUGCCCCUGCCUUUGCCCAUAGAGCUCGUGGUUAUUAUAGCGGCGACAAUCAUUACCCACUACUGUGGACUCACCAGUAAAUACUAUAUUGAUGUGGUUGGAGAAAUUCCCAGUGGGAUCAAGGCCCCUCGUGUUCCAGACGCCUCUCUCUUCUCACAGGUCGUAGGCGACGCCUUUGCUGUGGCCAUCGUGGGCUAUGCCAUCAAUAUUUCCUUGGGCAAAACAUUUGGCCUCAAACACGGUUACAAGGUGGAUAGCAACCAGGAGCUGGUUGCCCUCGGCCUCAGUAACACUGUCGGAGGCUUCUUCCAGUGCUACUCUGUCACUUCAUCUUUGUCUAGAAGCCUGGUUCAGGAGAGCACAGGAGGCAAGACACAAGUUGCUGGGGUUAUUUCCUCCAUCAUCGUGUUGAUCACAGUGUUGAAAAUUGGUGCUCUUUUUGAAGAUCUCCCUAAGGCUGUCUUGUCUUGUAUCGUGUUUGUGAAUCUGAAAGGUAUGUUUAAGCAGUUCAUGGACGUGGCUGUGCUGUGGAAGACCAACAAGGUGGAUCUGCUGGUGUGGCUGGUCACGUUCGUGAGCACCGUCCUGUUCAACCUGGACCUGGGCCUGGCCAUCUCCGUCGGCUUUUCCAUGCUCACCGUCAUCUUCAGGACACAACUGCCCCGGUACUCCAUCCUGGGGAACGUUCCAGGCACUGAUGUGUAUUUGGACACAGAAAUCUACAGGGAGGCUAAAGAGAUUCCAGGGAUUAAAAUUUUCCGUUCGUCCACAACUAUCUACUACACGAAUGCUGACAUGUACUUGGAGGCUCUGCAGGAGAAGAGUGGGAUUGAAAUCGGGAAGCUUCUAACAGCCAAGAAGAAACAUGACGCAAAACAAAAGCGGAUGCAAGAGAAAGAGAAAAAGAAAGCUAAAAAGGAGGCUAAGAAUCAACUGUUCAUGUCCAACGGAUCCUGCUCCUUGAAGGGAUCGGAAAUGAACAACGGGAAAAUAUCCGCGGGGACGAAGGGGGAGAGCGCGGCCAACGGCGGCGCCCUCAGUCUGACACAGACAGCUGUGAACGGCUUCGGGAAAGGCCAGGCCAACUGGGCUUACCAACCUGACACCAGCGUGUCAGACACAGAUUCAGACACAGGUUGCCACGGCGAUGGCGGCAGCAUCCCCCAGCCUUCGCGGGAGGGCGACGGCGGGGAGAAUGCCAAGACCCGCGGAUCCGGCACACACAGCGUCAUCCUGGACGUCUCCACAACCAGCUUUGUGGACACAGUCACAGUGAAAACACUGAAAAAUAUUUUCACUGACUUUGGAGAGGUGGAUUUGGACAUCUAUCUCGCCGGCUGCCAAGCCUGCGUCGUGGCCCAGCUGGAGGCGGCGGGGUUCUUCUCAGACUCCAUCCCAAAGAGCAGGCUGUUUGUCACAGUCCACGACGCAGUGCUUCACGUCCUCGCCAAAACGGGGCAGACGGACUUUGUGAUUAAUAUCUCCUGCAACACCAGGAUGUGACCGGCAGAAAUCAGAUUGUUUCAUCUCCUCCUCCUCCUCCUCCUCUUCCUCCUCCUCCUCUUAGGCAGCAGG